AUGAGGCCGUGGCAAGCAGCGUCGGCAUCAGCACAGGCAGUGCAAGUGCGGUCGUACAACUUACGAAGGGUGAUCCCUUGGUUUCGCGUGAGAACUAAUGUCCUGAAGCAGGAGACGAAGAUGCGGACGACAAAGAACCGAAAUCAUGCAGAGGUUCUGAAGCGAUUUCGCUUGACACGUUUCGGAUGGGAACGUCGGCGCGCACAUCUUCGAGAUGGGAAAAAGCGCAGGCGGAGUCCGCAACAAAAGAGGAACACGAACAAGAUAGACUUCGUCCACCGCCACGACAUGCUCAAGAUGGUUCGAACGGCCACGUACUUCAAAUUGCGUAUUCGCGAUUUUCCGAAGGAUCCGAAUCCGAACAUCAAAUCAACUCGCGCAAUAGUUGGGAGCCACUUCGGGUAG